UAACGUGGUUUUCUCUUGUAACCCUCAAACGUUUUCUCACUUCACACGUUCAUUUUCAUUUCACCUUAUAAGGUUACUAGUUAUUGUGACCAACCACCCCAUGCCUAAUUAAGCCCCACUUUACUCUUUCUAUUUCUUCCUUUUCUUUUCAUCUUGGUUCACUCUCACACCUACAAAUUAAUAAUAAUACAAACACAUAUGGGAAAGUUGUGGACCUUGAUCAUCCAGCUUCAUUCUAUUGCUGGGCCGGUUGUGACGUUAUUGUACCCUUUAUAUGCAUCGGUGGUAGCAAUAGAGAGUCAGUCCAAGUUGGAUGACGAGCAGUGGCUAGCUUAUUGGAUCAUCUAUUCGUUCCUCACCCUUGCUGAAAUGGUUCUUCAACCUAUCUUAGAGUGGAUACCAAUUUGGUACGAUGUGAAACUAUUGACGGUGGCAUGGCUGGUGUUACCCCAGUUCGCAGGAGCUGCGUACUUGUAUGAAAGGUUCGUGAGAGAGCAUAUAAGGAAAUACAUAACGGAGAAGGAGUAUCUCUAUGUCAACCACCAGCAACAAAGCAAAAAGUCUCCCAAUAACGGGGGCAAGGCCAAGAAGUUCGUUGAAUUCGUCACACCCAAGAAAGGGGAUCAGGAGGUGUAUUGAGUUGGCAAUUGGACGGUGCCGAGAAGUGUAGAGUUUUUUAACUGAGGAUCUUCGUAUUGGUCUUUGAAUCAACUUUCCUUUUAAUUUGGUUAACUGUGUUUUAUUUAUGUUUUACGUAUAUAUAUGUGUAUGUGGAUCUCUUUCGUGAUCACCUCCUUAAUUGUUGUAUCAUAUUAUAAUCUCGUGUUGUAUGUAAAGUGAUUUCUUUCUUGAGUCU